CUCAACUGUCCAUUCACAACGUCCGCCCUGCCCUCCAAGAGGACCUCACCGGUCGCUCGGCAUCCCAGGGCGAAUCAUGGCUCAGACAGUUGAAUGCGAUACGAGGCGCGCGUGGAGUGAGUAUAAAGAGUGUGCGAGCAUGGCGUUAUCCGCGCCUAAGACUAGUGUUUGCCGUUUCUCGUGCUUUCAAUUGUCCUCAGUCACCAGCGAUAUCUGCCUAGUGCCUAAGAGUAGUACCGAACGGCUUUUGAGCGAGUUUGAGCGCUGAACACUGUCUGUGGCUCAACCAUUUCACCAGCCAUUUCAAGAUCUUUUGCUCCUCUUCAGUACUUAAGGACCCCGGCAGCACUUCUGCCUUCAAUUUUCUCAAGUCGAAGCUCGAUUGCUCAGUCCAACUGAGAAUCCUCUCUCAUUCUCCUUUUUAACCGCAAUCAUUGAUCAAGUGGACAAAAUGGGACUCUGGUUUCAUGUGGCGGAACCCAAUUCCUACCUCGUUAUUACGGGUGUAGGAAUUGACAAGGUGCAGAUCAAGAAGAAGGCCUUCGUCUAUCCCUUCCAAAAGGUCUCCAAGAUCUCGAUUACGCCCUUCGACUUCUCUAUGUCCCUUCAGGCCAUGACCGUCGAGAAACUCAAGUUCUCCCUCCCUGCGGUCUUCACCAUCGGUCCCGCGGACACCCAGGAAGCCCUCGAGAAGUACGCGGUCCUCUUGACAGGCGAGUCCGAUGGCCGACCCACUGCUUCUGCCAAUAAAGGAGCGGUGGCUGUUGCAGCCGGCCGUAACCAUGUCCAGGACAUCGUCAAGGGUAUCAUUGAAGGCGAGACACGCAGCAUCGUUUCCACCAUGACCAUGGAGGAACUGUUCCGCGAGCGCAAAGUCUUCAAGGACAAAGUCAUCCAGCAGGUCCAAUCUGAGCUCGAUCAGUUCGGCCUCUGCAUCUACAACGCAAACGUCAAGGAGCUCCAGGACACGCCCGGCUCCGAAUACUUCGCCUUCCUGUCCCGCAAGGCACAUGAGGGCGCGCUCAACCAGGCGAAAGUCGACGUAGCAGACGCGCGUAUGCGCGGAGAAGUCGGCGAGGCCGAGAAGCAGGGCAAAACGAAGCAGGAAGUGGCCAAGAUCCACGCUGCGACUGCCGUUCUCGAGACGGAGCGCAAAGCAGAGAAAGCUGCGGCCGACGCCAAACUCACAGACAAGGAAAUCUCAAUCGGCAAGGAGCUCAACCUCGCGCGCAUCAACGCAAAGCGUGAGGCCGAGCGCCGCGAUGCCGAGCUCAACACCGAGGUCGAGAAGAAGAAAGCCCUCAUGGAACUGGAGCGUCUGCGCGCCACAACCGUCACGCAGGCUACCAUCGCGAAGGAAUCCUCGCAGCAGAAAGCGGAUGCGGAGCUCUACGCCGAGCAGAAAGCCGCAGAGGGAAAGAAGUACAGCGAGCAAGCCGACGCGGAAGCCGCUGCGUUCCGCCGCCUCAAGGACGCAGAAGCAGACUUCCAGGCCAAGGAGAGGGAGGCCGAGGCCAACUAUCUCGUCGCCAAGCGCAGCGCAGAAGCAGAAUAUUUCCGCCGCGAGCGCGAAGCCCAAGCGCAGCUCAUCUCCCAGCAGCGUGAAGCCGAGGGUAUGUCCGCCAUGGCAAAGGCAUACGGCGAGAUGGCGAGUGUGCUCGGCGGCCCGCAAGGCCUCAUGCAGUACCUCAUGCUGCAGAACAACACGUACGAGAGUCUCGCCAACGCUAAUGCCACCGCGAUCCGUGGGCUUCAGCCCAAGAUCAAUGUGUGGAAUACGGGGGCUGCGGGCGGCGACGGAGCUAUGGCUGAUCCAUCUGCUCCGAUUCGGAACUUGUUCCAGAGCUUGCCGCCGCUGCUGAGCACUAUCCACGAUCAGACGGGAAUGCAGCCGCCGAGCUGGCUGGCGCAGAUGCCGCAGGACAAGAAGAUGGAGUUGGUGAAUGGGAUGAAGAGCUCGUAGGGGGCGGGCUCUUGUCUGUCGCCGAGCUAACGGCCUUGGAAGGUUUCCUUUGUUUCUGCAUUUACGGGAUGGGAUGAAUACCCGGCGUCGGAUCAACUGGCGUUUAGGGGGCGGUCGUCUUCUCCCCUGCCUGGCGUUGGUCUGUGGGUUUCAUAAUCCACUACGUUUUCUUUUGGUUACUAGUACUAACCACAACGCACGCAAAGGUACUGUGCCGUUAAUGCUUUCCACG